AGUGUGCAUUGACGGACACGAAGUAGUCGCUGAAUAUAUAGACCCGAAUACUGACACUUUCGGCGUUCCAGACCUGCCAGCCGAAGAAUGGUACACUGAGCACGUUAGAGAGAGCCAAUAUUUACUCCAGGUUGUGAAAUGCGAUGACCAAAAGUGCUGCAGCCCACGCCGGAGUGAUCUGCAUAUGAUUCUUCACGACCGUUUUCUGCCACCUCCAUACCCUAUCACUCAGGUUGAUGGACAUUUGACGAUUCCGGACUUUAAAGAGCAUGACGGAAAGUCAUUUGCUCCAUUUCUAAUACGAAACUGCCUACCAAUUCAACCGCUGAAUGAUUUCAUCAGCACGCCUUAUGAUCUCUAUUGCCCAAGUGUACAUGAUGAUUUAGAGAAAAGGUGCUGUAGUACAUGCGGUAUUUACUUUGCAUCUGUCACAAGAGCUGCAGAGCACAGGCGAGCCGCCCACAUUGCACCAGCUAAACAAGCACGUAUGCUCCGCAAAAUGCGACCAUCACGGAUUGUCACAAGACGAGCUAAUGAGUUACUGUGCGCAAGCGUCAACGGCUUGGAGUGGCUAAAUCAGAACGAAGUUGAAGGAGCGGAUGAUUUUACUGAAAAUCAUAUGGACAUGUUGGUUCCAAUAGUCUCUCUUGAGACCGCGCAUAAUUCUCCAUGGACUGAAUUAGAGUAAUUCUUUUUUUUUAAUCACAGUAGACAUAAUUUAAGUAUUCUAUUCUUAACUUUUUA